UCCAAUGGGUCAGCUGCCCCUUCCUUUGCCCACCCCCUAAGUGGCGAUGGCAUUGGCAUUCACAUUGCUCUAGACAAGUAUGAGGACUGCACCUUUGCGCAGCAGCAGCAGCUCUUUAGUUCUGAAACUUAGGUCCCCCUCUCAGUGCACAAAGCAGGCAGCUGCUGAAGGAACAGCUACAGCGAGUGAACCGGUGCUGAGAGCAGUAAUAAACAAUCUCCAGUAGAGAUACCGAGACACGGACACGCAAGGAAGCCACACAGACAAAACCCCGUGACCGUACACGGCUUUACCAGGAUUUCUGAUCUUGGUCAGGACUUUUCAGGUUGAACUGAACUGAAGCUUGCUGUCCUGUGGUGAAAACUAUGGAGAAGUCUCCCUCUGCCAUUAGGAAGACUUCACACUUUUUACGUAACCAGCACACCAGUAAAAAUGACUCUGACGUAGAGGAUAAUAAACCACGGAUGCAAAGAACACCUGUGAAAGACCAGUGCUCUCAGACAGAGCACCAUCACCAUGGCUGCUGUGAACCAGCCUAUGCUAUGGAGCCUGGUGAUCCUCCUUUAUUACAGCAGCAACUUCAAACAUCAAAAUCUGGUAUUCAGCAAAUCAUUGAGUGCUUCCGAUCAGGAACUGCACAGCUUAAGAAUAUUUUACUGAAGGAAGUGGAUACUAUUUUUGAAUGUAAACUCUGUCGAAGUCUCUUUCGCGGUUUGCCAAACCUGAUCACACAUAAGGAGUUCUAUUGCUUUCCCAGGCUAAAGUUGGACAAUGACCCUUCAGCUUCAAAUGAUAAACAGAGUCAAGCCAUAAAAGAUCUUCUGGAAGCCAUAUAUCCAAGAAAGGAGAAGCAGGAAUACGUUGUAAGACUGGAACCAAUAGAGACCAAUCAGAAUGCAGUGUAUCAAUAUGUCGCUGGAAAAGAUGAUCAAGAGACAGUGAAUUACAGUUCUCAAACUCAACACCAAGGACAUUUGGAGGAGCCCAGUCCUGAGCAGAACCAAACUGAAGUACCACCAGGCACAGAAAUUGUAGAGCCAAUUCCUGUAGAAGAUAUUAAAAAGGAAGUUAAAGUGUCUAUGGAAGACGAAGCAAUAGAGCCUUUCCUUUGUCUAGAUGAAACCUCGAACAGUGAUUCUGUAGAUCAGCAGGUUGCAUGCUGCAUCUGUGGAAAAGACUUUAAUACAAGACGCAGUGUUCGUCGUCAUAUAAGGAAGGUUCACAAGAAAAAGAUGGAAGAAUUGAAAAAGAACAUAGAGACGAGGAGGGGGGGUCCAAAUCCGCCGUCUGUCAUGACUGGUCGUUCAAAGAGUGCAUUGCUUUCAUCAGGCAGAAGCUGUCCUGUUUGUCAAAAAUCAUUUGCUACCAAAGCCAAUGUUCGCAGACAUUUUGACGAAGUUCACAGAGGGUUAAGGAGGGAUUGUAUAACUCCUGAUAUUGCUACAAAACCAGGUCAACCACUGUCUCUAGAAACCAACGGCUCUCCUAAGAAAUCACCUGGCUCUCUGCCACGCAGGAAAAAGUACUCUGCUAGGGCGGAGUACAACCUGACUGCUCGUAAGUGUCUCCUGUGUAAGAGGAAAUAUUCAUCUCAGGUAAUGCUGAAAAAACACUUGCGAAUUGUCCACAAAAUGACCAAACUGGAGAGAGGUUCAAAUGGUACGAUCAGCAGCACAGAAAUCAAAGUUAAAGUUGAAACCUCUGAUUUAGCAGAUCACAAUGCAGAAUCAUCUGAACCAGAUGUCAGUCAGUUUCCUCCGAAUGACUCAAAGGGCACAGGUCAAGCAGCGGAAAAGAGACAUACACCCACAGCACAGAAGAAUAAGGGUAAACAAGAAAGCGACAGUCCAAAGUCAUCCAGUCCUCCUGCAGCAGGUGGCCAGCAGAAGGUCAGGAAGCCCAAACUAUCAAUGGGCUUUGACUUCAAGCAGCUGUACUGCAAACUUUGCAAGCGGCAGUUUACCUCCAAACAGAAUUUAACAAAGCACAUUGAUUUGCACACAGAUGGAACUGAGAUCUACAUCAAGUUCUACCGGUGCCCUCUCUGCUUGUACGAGACCCGCCGUAAGAGAGAUGUGAUCCGGCACAUCACAGUUGUGCACAAGAAGUCCUCGCGAUACCUAGCUAAAAUAACUGCAAACUUAGAAAGCAGAGCAGUAAAGAAGCCUGUUGAGAUGGUACUAAACAGCGUGGUUAAGCGGGGCCCCCAGAAGGACGAAGGGAAAAGCAUGAAUUCAAAGCAAGAUGGCACACCUAGCUCUCAGUCUAGCAGAAAACAUGACACUGUUGAAGUAGGCACAGAAGUCAAAUUCGCCAAAAACCUCUCCCUGCACACGUAUAAUAAGUGUGGAAAAGCCUUUGCCAAAAAGACGUAUCUUGAGCAGCAUAAGAAAACCCUUAGGACAAGCGCGUCAAGCUCCCCUGAAGAAAGCAAAACCACAGGUCGUAGUACACGGUCAAAGGCAGUUUUUUAAUACCUCCAACUGAUUUACAGCGUGCUUGCACUGGAUUAAUAAUUAUAAAAUGUACUGGAAAUGAAAACCACUUACAAUACUGCAGAAAUUUAUACGACAAGGAGAAGACGACAAUGAAGAAAAAAAAUGCAGUCUUUCACAUGUAUACUAAUGGCUUUCAUCACAAUAGUUUGCUAAAUUAACAUUAAAAAAUAAUGUAAUGAUUUCAGUAUUUUUAAAGUUAAUGUGUGGAAAUGUUUGAAGUACUUCAUUGCACUCAGCUUUGGGGUCCCACUGCUAUUUUAGAUUAGGGGUCGCUGUAUGUUUAAAAGUCUACGUUAUAUAAAAUGUGUGCAGUAUGUAUUGUUCAGCAGGUGGUAACAGCUUUUAUCACACAAUUAAAGAUGGCUUAAUAAUGCACGAAUGGUGAAGACACACGUUUAUGAUGUCAGGCCAUUGUCGUGAGUGUGGUAAAAGUUACCACUUCCUGAACCACGCAUUAUUUAUUUUCAAGAAAGAAAAAUACUAUACAGACAAAAGUCAGAGACAAAGGUGUCAUUUCUUCUGGAGGAGGAAUGUUUUUAUUAUUAUAUCAUAAUGGUGACCAAUUGCAACGUGAUAUUACAUAUGACAUUUUUUUGUCUCCACUGCAGGUGAUAACACGAUUUAUCACACAAAAUACUAUAAUGUAAUAUAGGAAACAUAAUGGAUUUGUGAGAUACCAAAUGUGUCUCUGCAUGUCAUUGAAGAAAACUUGGAGUUAUGAUACCUUACUCAUUGUGCACACAUAAUGGAACAUACAGACAUUAAUCUUUUUUGAGAAAAAAAUAAGCUAUUUGCAAGCCGUUAUUUGCAACAGUACCUUUGGUCAGUGUUUUGAAUCUGCAAUAUGAUUGACUAGUUGUGAGUUUUCUUCAUGCUUUUUUGAGGAAGAGGUUUUUUUUUUUUUUCUUUUGGUUCAAACUUGUUUUUGAAGAGAAUAUGUUUAAAGUUAAAGCUUGGGAAUAAUUAAGCUGACAGCUUUCCAAAUAUACGAGUAGAUUCUCUAUGUACUCGUGGGUCGUGGUUUUAGGUGUGUACAUGUCUAUUAUAUUGUACUAUACUAUAGACACACACUAUACACAGUACUCUUGUUUUGCGAUCUGUCAUAUAUGUUCCAUUAAAUCUCAAUUCAGGAUUUAAAUGUGGUUAAUAACUGAUAGGCAACAUCAUAACAUGCUUGUGUUUGUCUUGAAUUGUACAUUAAAUAUGUAUUUUGAUAACUUGAUCUGUACUCUUCUUGAAUGCUAUGUCUUUUUUUUAUAUAAGAAUGGGUAGCAAAUGAUUUUGACUAAUAUUUGUGUAAAUGUACUAUAGUAAACUUAAAUUGAUGGGCAACAAACAUCAACAGCACAUUUAAGUACAAAAGGUUUAUUUUGAAUUUCAUAUUAAGCUGUAUCUACAAGAUCACAUUUUAAGUUGUAAGAUCCAGUAUUCAAAUGAACAAUUCACAAAUGCCAUUGAUGUUGGUUGAAGCAGGAUGAUUGCAUAUAUAAGGUAGUUUGUUUUCUAAUGAAGCACAUUUUAUGUAUAUAACAGAUAUUGUACAUGGUGUUUUAAAACAUUCAUUUUUAAAGUGAUCAUUCUAAAUGUUUUAACAUGAUCAUUCUGCCAUGGUCAUUUUUACAAAUGUCUGCUGUUUCAGAAUGCAAAGUAAAUAGCAUAGAUCUUCUACUUGUAAUUAUGGUAGUCUUCCUAGCGCUUUUCACUAACAAAACAAUGCAGUGAAUAUGAAACAGAUAGUAUUGUUGCUAUUACUGUUCAAUUGAAUGUAUAUGAUGAUGGAUAAAUGCACUGUAUUUUACUUGUAAUAAACUGAGCUGGAAUAUAGCUGUGUUUUUAGUUUGGGAUGCUAGACUAACUGUAAAUGAGUUCCCCUUGAUGGGCUAAAUGACCUUUUUUUCAUUCUCAAAUGUUUAUGUUCUUAUGUAGGAACUCAUUUUUGAUUAACAGUCAAACAUUAAAAGAACUAUAAAGUUUGAA